AUGUGGGAUGUUUUUGACAAUCAUUGGUUUAGCAUAUUGUACAAAAAAGAAAAAAGUCGCAAGAAGAAAAGAAUGUUGCCCGAAUGUUUUUAUAAAUUAUUGGAUCUUAUUCAACANAAACUAGUCAAGUGCAACAUUCACAACACAAUACUUCCUGAACAAAGACUUGUUAUUACAUCAUUUUAUCUAGCACAAGGCUGCANUAUGCAAGUAGUAGCAUGGUCGUUUCUGAUAGGAAAAGCAAUUGUAUCAAUAAUCGUUCGUGAAACUUGUGCAGCUAUUUGGGAAGUUCUUUCUCCUAUUUGUUUAAAAACACCAACAAUCGAAGAUUGGCAAGAAAAGAGUAAGGAAUUUUAUGAACAAUGGAAUCUUCCCAACUGUUGUGGUGCUAUAGAUGGGAAGCACAUAACUAUUCAGGCUCCGAAGAAAUCUGGAAGUGCUUAUUUCAAUUAUAAAAAAAGAUUUACCAUCGUACUUUUAGUGGCGUUGUGCGUUUAG